AUGACGGUUCGGAUUCCGGAGGUCGGAUUUUGGCCGGCCGUGCGCGGGCAGGGCGGGCGAGCGCCGGCAGCGCUCUCUGAGCCCCGCGGGCGGGGCUCCCGGGUGGGCGUUGGAGCCGCCGCCCUGAGCCCGCCCCGCACCCGUUACGGGCUCCCGGUACCGGCACCGGCACCGGCCCCUCCGCCGAACCGGCAGGAGCCUGCCCGCUCCGCCCGCUUCGGGGAGCGCCGGUGGGCGCUGCGCUGCCCGCCCUGUGAGGAGACGCAGCUCCGGCCAGGUCGAAUGGCGGGAGUACAAAAAAAUGCUAAAAAAGGUUCAGCCACUGGAGAAGAUAUAACCAGAUCUUCUCAAACUGCUCAACGAUUAAUGAGCCUUGCCUCUUCACCUCGUUCUUUUGGAAGUCAAAGUGUGGCUAAGUUUUACCGCCCUAGUGGAGUUCCAAGCACGCAAAGUUACAAAGCAAGAAAGAUUCAAUAUGAAAAAGCAAGAGAAGAUCGAAGAGCAAAAAUUAAUGCUUCAUAUAAGUACAUAUUUGAAGCUCUCAGUGCUGGGUUAGGCUUAGACUUACCAACUGUGGAAGAAAUGAUAUUGGACGUCCCUUCGUUCGAUGCCUUUGAUUCCUUUUUUGCCAAGGGUGGAAGAAAAUCAUUGAUAAUUUUCUAUCAAGAAGCAAAUGCACGAGGAAUAGAGAGUGGUCGAGUAAUUCCAAAUGUUGAAAAAGGAAGUAAAAUUUGGCAAUUUUAUUUGGAGAAGACACCAGACAAGAUCAUAGGACUAUGCUUAUAUUUUGUUCGCUUUAAGAAUGACACGUCCAUAAAUGAAAAAACUAUACAUGAGGAAGUUUCCUUUGGUGUUUUGGAUGCCACUGAUGGACUCCUACCUGGUGUUAAAGAUGUAGUAGAAAAGGUUUUUCUCCCUGCUAUCCUGGAAACAAGUAAUUGGGGUAAUUUAGGUCAGUCCAAAGAGGAUACAAAAGACAAGCAGAAUUUUGUGGAAACAAUUAAGAAGUACAUUUCAUUUUUAGGAGGUGCUGCAGCAUGCAUCGAAGGAACAAUUGAGUUGAAAAAAGUAGAUGACAUUAAUUUUUCUGAACUCCAGACCUUUGAUAAAAUAACUGCAGCUGCUGACAAUUAUGACACAGUUCACCAGCUAGAGGAAGUACUUACGAUAUGGUAUAAACAAAUUGAACAUGCUCUGAUUGAGAGCAAACAGUUAAGGAGAGAAGCUAAGGAUUCAGGUCCACUGAUGGAACUGGAGGACUGGAAAUACAUGUCUGCUAAAUUGAACUUUAUUAUUGAACAGAUCAAAGGACAAAACUGUAAAGCUGUUAUUAAUGUUUUGAAAGUUGCACACUCUAAAACACUAAAGACAUGGCAAGAAUUAGAUGGCAGAAUCACAGAUGCAGCAAAUGAAUCAAAGGAUAAUGUGAAAUACCUAAGCACACUUGAAAAAGUUUGUCAGCCACUUUAUACCACUGAUGUUGUAUUAAUGACACAGGGAAUACCAAACUUGAUGAAGACUGUACAAAUGAUUCACCGUGUUUCAAAAUAUUACAAUACUUCUGAUAAAAUUACAUCAUUGCUUAUCAAGGUUACAAACCAAAUGGUCACAACGUGUAAAGCAUACAUUACAGAUGCUGGCUUGAAUCGAGUCUGGGAUCAGGAGACGCCAGUAGUCAUUGGAAAAAUCAAUGAAUGCAUAAGUCUGUUGAAAGAAUAUCAGAAAUGCUUCCGUGAAUCUAAGCAAGAGACUUUGGCAAGUCUAGGAGAAAAGGCAUUGGAAGUAUCAGAAGUGUACAUUUUUGGAAAAUCUGAAGCUUUUUGUAGGAGAUUAGAAAAAAUAAUGAAGAUGAUAGCCAUAGAAGAGAAUUUUAAUGCUCUGACUCAGUGUGCAGUUGAAGGUAUAGAUCUUAUGGCUGUUAAAUUCAAAAACAUCUACCACAUUUUUCAAAAGAAACCAUAUGACAACCUUGAUCCACAAGUAACAGAAUUUGAUGUGGAUUUUGUGAAAUUCAUGUCAGAAGUUGAACGUUUAGAGACACAGCUACAGACUUUUAUGCGUACCUGUUUUCGGAAAAUUGUGUCUUCACAGAAUUCACUUCAGUUACUUAAAAGGUUUCAAAAUCUGAAUAUGCCAUGCCUUCAAGAAGAAACAGCAAAUACAGUUGGUUGUAUUCUUCAACAUUUUGUAGCAGAACUUGAAGCUACUAAAAAGCUUUACCAAACCCAGAAAGAUGACCCUCCUCUUUCUCGAAACAUGCCACCUACUGCAGGAAAGAUACUGUGGGUGAGACAGCUUUUCAGAAGGAUAAAUGAACCAAUCACCUAUUUCCAUAAACAUUCAGAUAUCUUGACAAGUCCAGAAGGUAAAGCAGUUGUUCAAUCAUACAACAAACUUGCAUAUGUAUUGGUGGAGUUUGAGGUAGUCUAUCAUAGCGCAUGGAUGAAGGAAAUUUCACAAUUACAAUAUCCCUUACAAUCCACGAUAUUUGUGCGUCAUCCUACAACUGAGAAGUUCCUGGUUAAUUUUGAUCCCCAAAUUCUAGAGAUUGUGCGAGAGACAAAAUGUAUGAUAAAGUUGGGUCUGGAAGUACCAGAGCAAGCAGUCAAGAUAGCGAUAAUAGAAAAUAAAUUGAAGUCAAACAGGUUGCAGUUGGAGGCUCUCGUCCAAUCUUAUGAAGAUUUGCGUAAAGCAACACCAAAUGUGUUUGUAAAUCUGUUGUCACCACAAAUUGAAAAGAUGGAAGGUGUGCUGAGGCAAGGACUUACCUUGUUGACUUGGUCAUCUGUCACGCUGGAAACUUUCUUUCAAGAAGCUGAAAAAGUUCUGCAUGUAUUUAGACAAGUUUUGAGAAGGAUUACUGUUAUAAGUGACGUGCAGAUUGGUUCAAUAUUGAAAGAAAUAGCAAGUACUUCUUUAGUUAGCUUACCAGCAGAUGAUUCCAUCAAACCAGAGGAUCUGUUGAAUGAAAAUGAGACUUAUACCAAAGAAUGUGCUGAGUUAUUGAACAGCAAAAGCAUGCACGUCGAAGAUGCCGUUCAAUAUUUAAUAGAUCUCUUAGAAAAGAAUUAUGAAUUUCCAUCUCCUAAGUCCUCAGAACCACAAGGAAAACAUAUAGCAUUUGAAAAAAAAGAAAAGGAGAAAGAAAAAACUGCUGAAGGACCUCGAAGUGAUGAUAGCAAGGGCAGUGAUAAAGAAGAAGAAUUUAAAAAGAACUGUAAAGACUUACUUGCCUAUUUCAGUCGCCGCCUGCUCAUCAGCCUCCAGAAAGCAACACGAAUGUCUUUGGAUCGUAUUAAAAGAAGAAUGAGUGUUCCAAUCAAAUGUGAGGACAUCCCUCCUUUUCUAAAAGCAGAAGUACACCUUGCUAUUCCCAAUCUAGUAAUUGUUCCCAGUUUAGAUGAUAUACAGCAAGCCAUCAAUCGCAUGAUUCAUUUAACACUGGAAGUAAAUCGAGGAGUUGCUCAGUGGGGACAGAGGCAUUUGCAAAAAUCUAUUUUGAAAACAGAACCAGGCGCACAGCAAGCAGCUUCUGCAGGCUUGGGAUCACAAGGAAAAAGAACCAGAAAAGGAGAAAGAGCUGAUGAUACAGUUAUCAGAAAGAUAAAAAAUUUUUACGCAGGUGUUGCAGAAAAUGAAGUUAUUACUAAAAUAAUUGUGCUUCUCUCUUCUGCUGGGACUUCUCUAAAAGAAGGAGUUAGUGAAGUUCUGCAAGUGUUUGAUAAAUAUAAGGUGCUGUGGACAGAAGAUAAAGAUACCAAAUUUCAGGAAUUUUUUGCUACUGGUCCCACCCUGUCUGAAAUUAAAGAAGAAAUAGUUCACUACGAUACAUUUGAGCAAGAGAUGAAAACUUUAAAACCCACUAUUCGUCUUGGUCCAAUUGAAUUGCACACAGGACCACUGAAAAAAGCUUUAGAAAUUGAAGCGAAUUCCUGGAAGAUGGUCCUCUGUCGUUAUUUAAAUGAGGAAUAUAAAACAAAAUUACUAGACGUGGUGUCGUUCAUAAAUGAAUACAUAAACAGAUUGUCUCGACCUCUGACUGACUUAGAUGAUGUCAGAUUAGCAAUGGAAGCUUUAUCUACCAUUCAAGAAAAGAGAGCAGACGUAGAUAUUUCUAUGGGACCUAUUGAAGAAGCCUAUGGCAUUUUACAUACAUUUCAAAUGGAAGUUACAAAAGAGGAAUCAGAUGGUGUUGAUUCAAUGAGAUAUGCUUUUAAUAAAUUAAAAACUCAGGCUAUUGCAGUUCAAGAUGAAUUAGUUGAAGUUCAGCCCAAAUUUAAGAGUGAUUUGCUGGAAGCAGUUGCAGUUUUUCGGGAGGAUGUAUCAAACUUUGAAACAGCAUAUGAAACGGAAGGGCCUAUGGUUCCAAGCAUCCCACCUCAGGAAGCCAGUAAGAGGCUGCAGAUCUUUCAGGCUAACUUUGAUGACCUGUGGAGAAAGUUUAUCACGUACUCGUCUGGUGAGCGGCUGUUUGGAUUGCCUGUCACAGAGUAUGACAUUUUGCAUAAAGUCAGGAAGGAGUUAGGCUUGCUUCAGAAAUUGUAUGGACUAUAUGAUACUGUAAUAAGCACUAUCAAUGGGUACUAUGACAUACUUUGGACAGAGAUAGAUAUUGAAAAAAUCACUACUGAACUUACAGAAUAUCAAAGCAGGUGCCGUAGACUACCUAAAGGUCUCCACCACUGGCAAGCCUUUUCAGAUCUCAAGAAAAAUAUUGAGGAUUUUAUUGAGUGUUGUUCUUUGCUGGAAAUGAUGUCUGACAAAGCAAUGAAGCAAAGACACUGGGAUCGUAUUUCUGAAACAACAGGACAUCACUUUGAUGUAGAAUCUGAGACCUUUUGCCUUCGAAACAUCAUGGAAGCACCAAUUCUUAAAAAUAAAGAAGAUAUUGAGGAUAUAUGCAUAUCUGCUAUGAAGGAAAAGGAUAUAGAAGCCAAACUGUCUCAAGUAGCUGAAACCUGGGGAGCUCAAAGUCUGAGCUUUGCACAAUUCAAAGCAAGAGGAGAGUUACUGUUAAAGGGAAUUGAAUCAGCAGAAAUCAUGAUAUUGAUGGAGGACAGUUUAAUGGUUCUGGAUUCUCUACUGUCUAAUAGAUACAAUACGGCAUUUAAAAAGCAAAUUCAGAGUUGGGUUUCUAAACUAAGCAACUCUUCACGCAUAAUUGAGGAAUGGCUGGUUGUGCAGAACCUCUGGAUUUAUCUUGAAGCUGUUUUUGUAGCAGGAGAUAUUGCAAAAGAGUUACCCCAGGAAGCAAAGCGUUUUCAGAAUAUUGACAAAUCUUGGGUAAAAAUAAUGCAACGAGCUCAUGAAAAUGCAAAUGUAAUUGCCUGCUGUGUUGGAGAUGAUACUAUGGAGCAACUUCUCCCUUACCUACACGAACAGCUGGAAGUAUGCCAGAAAUCACUUACAGGAUAUUUAGAGAAGAAAAGACUGCUGUUUCCAAGAUUCUUUUUUAUUUCUGAUCCUGCACUUGUUGAAAUUCUUGGACAAGCAAGUGAUUCUCAUACAAUCCAGCCACAUCUGACUUCCAUAUCAGACAACAUAAAUGAAGUAGAGUUUCACCCAAAGGAUUAUGAUCGCAUAAUGGCAGUCAUAUCAAGAGAAGGAGAAAAAAUUGCAUUGGACACUCCAGUGGUUGCAAAAGGACCAGUAGAAAUUUGGUUGAAGAUUUUAUUGCAAAUGCAGCAGAAGUCAUUGCAUGGCAUAAUUAGGGCAGCAUUUUACCAAAUUAGUGACCCAGGAUAUCAGUUGCUGAAUUUUCUUAAUCAAUUCCCAGCCCAGGUUGGAUUACUGGGAAUUCAAAUAUUGUGGACACGUGAUGGAGAAGAAGCUCUACGCAAUGCUAAGGAAGACAAAAAAAUCAUGGAUGUAACCAAUGCUAGAUUUCUGGAUAUUCUGAAUACGCUGAUUGGCCAGACCACACUAGAUCUUUCCAAGUUUGAGAGAGUGAAAUUUGAAACACUUAUUACAAUUCAUGUGCAUCAGCGUGAUAUUUUUGAUGAUUUGGUAAAAAUGAACAUCAGAACACCGACUGAUUUUGAGUGGUUAAAACAGUCUAGAUUCUACUAUAAAGAGGAUUAUGAUCAAGUCAUCGUAGCAAUUACAGAUGUUGAUUUUGUUUACCAAAAUGAAUUUCUGGGUUGCACUGAUCGUCUGGUUAUAACACCUCUUACAGACAGGUGCUAUAUAACUUUAGCACAAGCUUUGGGAAUGAACAUGGGAGGAGCUCCAGCAGGACCAGCUGGAACUGGUAAAACAGAAACAACAAAAGACAUGGGAAAGGCUCUGGGAAAAUACGUAGUAGUCUUUAACUGCUCUGAUCAAAUGGACUUCAGAGGUUUGGGCAGGAUUUUCAAAG